CCCGCCACUUCGUUACCAACCGCCACCCAUACAUACCUCCCCUCUUCCCAACCUCCAGUCCUCGCUACCAAAUAUUCAGAGACAAGACGAAAUUUUAACUUACAUUAAAGUAAUUGGUGUUUUAUACUAGAAGAUAUAAUAGAUCAUCUGUUAUUCCUCCCUUUUUUAUACAUCAUCUGGAUAUCUCUCGUGCUUUUGAAAGCCUCACACAAGCUUCUGAAAUAUUUCUAUAAAUUUUUUUAAAGUUUUUCUGUUGAAGGGGGUUCUAGUUUUCUAGCUUGAAACAUGCUUCCAGUAGUUCUUACUACUAUUUGGUUCGUGUUCACUGGUUUCUACGGGGUACAUUCCAUACACAUUGAGGACCCACAAGAGUCAACCAUCAAGACUAAUGGUGUUGGAGGAUUUGAUCCUGAGUAUCCAUUUAAUAAUGUGGUGAACUCAUUUUUCCCAUUAGAUGCACUUGUUGAAUACGAAAAUGAAGAGACUAAUGAGACAACCCGCGUCAUCUCAAGAUAUGCAUCAUUCAGUGCGGCAGUGGACACUUCACUCAUAUCAACUUACAGAAUAUUCCCCAAUAAUGGAUGUUCCAAACGUCUAAAUGAAUCGGUUAUUCCAUCGGACUAUUACCACAAGAUUAUUGUUCUUAAACGUGGAGACUGUACUUUUGUGGAGAAAGUUGAAAAUAUUCUUGAUUCUGGGUUGAAUCCAAGUGCAAUUAUCAUUGGGAAUAAUGAACCAUCCACUGGUCUUAUUACCAUGUAUUCUGGGACUUUUAAUCUUGAUGGAGGUAUUCGUACCCCAAUUUUAUUUGUCACUUUAGAAGAUUUUAUGGUACUUUCAAAACUACAAUAUGAAACUGGCGAUUUUAAUGAUAUUAACCUCACAAUUACCACAGCAUCCAUUGGAUCCUGGUUAAACUUGGUAUUAUCCAUGGCAUUAUCGCCACCAUUGAUGAUACUUAUGUUCUAUAUGAUGAUAAAAUGUUGGCAAAAGUUAAGAAAGAAACAAAUGAGUCGUAGUAAUUUAAAACUAGUAAACAGUUUACCAGUUUAUAUUUAUAAUAUUAACCAUUUGAUUCCAACUAAUCGAUUUAAAGAUUAUUUGAAAUUAACAAAUCAAAGUGAACCUAAAAGGGUGAAUUCAACAGAUGAUUUACCAUCUCUCGAUACAACUCCUUUAAUUUCGAAAACGAAUUCAUCUUCUUCAUCAAUCAUUAAUUAUAUGAUAAAUGGGGUAGAUAUAAAGGAAUUAGCUUCAUCAAUGAAAAUUUUAUUGGCACCUGAAGAUUACUUUCCUGCUUAUAAGUGUUCCAUUUGUCUUGAUGGGUUUAAACCACUUCAAUCAAAAGUUUUAGUGCUUGAUUGUAAGCAUUUCUAUCAUCAAAAAUGUUUAUCAAAUUGGCUUAUUAAUUUCCGUCGAAGUUGUCCAUUAUGUAACACAUUAUUUCGAAGUAGACAAGAUUUAAAUUCCCCAAAUUUUGGUACUUUUGAAUUUGAAUCACAAACUUCUGGUGAUAUAUUGGAGAGCGAAAAUGUUUCAUUAUUAUCUAAUUCUAGUAUGAAUGAAAGAUUUGAUCCACUUUCUACAAGUAGUCCCAUAGAAGGACAACCAGAAGUUACCGAAGAAACAAGAGAUACAGUUACAGAUACAAUUACUUCUACCACUCAGAAUAGUUCUGUUACAUCGUCUUUUUAUUCAGCAGUUUCGAAUGUAAUAGAAUCAAAUCAAGAGUUUACAAGACCAACAAGUUACCAAAUGUACCUGAGAGAAUCACCCAUAUUAUUGGAAUCAACUUCUUACCUGACUGGAGGUGGAGGAACCAGCAUUGAUGAAGAUUUCCAGACUCCACAAUAUGGUAGUUUUAUAUCAAAUAAUGGUAGUAGCCAUGAUGUUUCUCUCGGAGACGAAACAGAUGAAGAACCUACAAAUACGAGUGAAAUUACCAUUCAUGGUGGACGUGACGUAGAAUAAUAAAAUAACGUGCA